AUGGCGGCAUGCACCCCCAAGGCAUGCAACAUACGCAUCCAGGCAUGGGCGGUCCAGGACAAAAUCAAGGACAGCCCGGAAUGCCACCGGGCAUGCAACAUGUUUCCGGUCCCAAUGGCCCCGUCAGCCAGGCAGCAGCCACACAUGUUCCCCCAGCAGCAACAGCAUCAGAUGAUGAACCCUACCAUGAUACAGCAGAGAAACGCGCAACAAGCAUACAUGCAGAGACAACAGCAGCAGGCAAUGCUCGCUCACCAGCAAGGUGGUAUGGGCAUGGCUUUCCAAAACCCCAUGGCAAACAUGAAUCAGGCACAAGCACAGCAGCAGCUGCAAGCCAUGAGGAAUGGUCAGAUGGGACAAGGUCCCUUCGUCAACCUUCCACCACAUUUGCUUCAGCAGCAACAGCAGAUGGGUGGACAGCCAGGAGGCCCACAACAUCAGGCCGCCAUGGCCCAGGCCCAGGCCCAGGCAGCCCAUCAAGCUCAACAACAUCAGCAAAUGCAGGCGCAGCAGCAGGCCAUUGCCAUGCAACAUGCUCAGUCGCAGUCAAGUAAUCAUAGCCAGCCCGGGAACCAGGGACCGCCACAGACUACGCAGCCUCAGCAAGGGCCCCUCCGUCCUCCUUCGGCCAUCGGAAGCCAUCAAGGACAAUCUUCGCCAGCUCCCCAUCCGACUCCCCAACAACAACCUCAGCCGCCACCGCAACAGCAGCAGCAGCAACAGCAGCAACAGCAGCAACAACAGCAACAGCAGCAACAGCAGCAACAGCAACAGCAGCAGCAAGCUCAACAGCAGCAGCAACAACAAGCUCAGCAGCAACAACAGCAGCAAGCCCAACAACAACAGCAAGCCCAACAACAGCAGCAGCAGCAGCCACCUCAACAGCAGCCUCAACAGCCUGGCCCAGUUCCGCAGCAGCAGACGCAGGCACAAGCACAACCGCCUAACUUACCCCAGCAACCCAAUCAACAAGCUCAGAACCAAGACAAGAUGGAAUGGCUGAUGUUCGAUGGUGCUUGCCAUGAGCAGUUCAUACCUUUCAAUGCUUUGAGAAGUUUGUUCGUUCAGCCAUCGCCGAAUCAAAUGAACCCUAACCAGUCGCCGCGAAUGAAGAACAAGAAAGCACAGCAGCAACGUGCUGGACAGGAGAUACCCCAACCAUAUUUGCCGUUCAACAAAUUGCCCAGCACCGGUACAACAGACUACGGUCUGCCACAAGGCUUGCAGAACUAUCUCGAGAUUUACGAAUCCAUGAAUCACAUGACCAGCUUAAUGGCACACUGUAUCGAAAAUCCGCACAUGAAGCCGAGCGAGGCUCUGGAGUCUUGGAAUAACACAAUGUCAAACAACCAGGCUGUUCUGCAAGGUGGGCAGAACCCAGGGCAACAACAACCGCAAGGUAUGCAACCCAACAUGCAACCUGGGAUUCGACCACCUGGCCCUGGCCAACCCGGUCCAAUGUUCAUGUCGCCUGCCAUGCAAAAUUCCCUACUUCCCAAUGGCUCCAUUGGCGGCUCACCUCAUUUCCAGCACACGCCAUCCCCUAAUUCGCAGCCCAUGAUGAAGCAACAAAGCACCAGUUCACACACGAUGAGUGUCAAUACAUCGCCCAACAUGAACAACAAGCGGCGGCGGAGUACAGCCAAGAUAGAAAUGGAUGACGGCGGAGGGGAAAUGAACGGUGCACAGAAGGUCAAGCAAAGUCCAAGGCCCGGUGCUAACAAGAGGAUGAAGGCGGGCGGCUAA